AUGAACAACGCCUUGCCAACUAAUGGUUUUCUAACUCACAUAAGGAUUCAUACGGAAGUUAACUGUCCUAAAAACUGUAAUGAGGAGGAGAAUAUUAGCCAUCUAAUUUGCAAAUGUAAAAAGAUUGUGGAUGUUGUUCAUCAUUUGAAUGAAUGGGGAUUUUGCAUUCCUCUGUUUGGAAAUAAAGAAGAAAUGUAUAAAUGGCUUUCCAAACAAAACUCUUUUAUCUCUACUUUAAUUUGCAAUGCAGUUUAUCUUAGUUGGAAGGAUAGAAAUAAUAUUGUACAUGGGAAGAAGGAAAGAAGUUCUAUCUACAUAGCUUCUGAAGCGGUGAGUUAUCUAGGAGUUCUUAAUACUCCAAAAUAUAUCAAAACGGGUAGGUUGAGUACCAAUCAGCAAUUGCUGUAUGAAAACCGUUGGUAUUCUCCUCCACCCAACUGGAUCAAGGUGAAUGUAGAUGCUACAUUAUAUCAUUCUUAUAAAGGAGGUAUUGGAGGAGUGGCUAGAAACUACAAAGGAAGAUUUAUAGCAGCUUAUGGCAUAUCAAAGUUUCAUUGGGAUAUUACUAGUUUGGAAUAUCAAGCCAUAGCUUCUGUCAAAGAAAUGCUAAAGAAUCGGAUGCAUGGAUUUCAAGGAAUUAUCAUAGAGAGCGACAACAUGAAUGUGAUAAAGCUUAUUCAUAAAUCUUUCAAGAAAGGAGGCCAAGUCCUUGACGAGGUUCCUUCUUCAUUUAUCAAUAUUUUGAAGAAGGAAUCUAUAGCUUGUACUCGGUAG